AUGACCGAUACCUCGGAUGCGCCGCUUCCUCAGAUCCGUCGGUCUGCUACUCUCCCUUCAAAAUUAAAUCCACGUUCCAAACGCAGUGUGGAAUCGCUGCGGCCUUCGGAGAAUGAUCUUUUCUACCAUCCCGCAGCCAAAGUAGUCCAUUUCGCCCCAAGAGCACUUGCCCCCAUCCCGUCGAGCACCGCGCCAGCGGAUUUCGAUUACCCAGUGGAUACUGUCGAAACACUUCCGUGGAGAUCCCCUACAGAACGGACUGUGGCAUUUGCGCCCCUUCGGCUUGAGAAGGUUCACGGCUUGACCGUGUUUCUCAAGUGCGGCAGUGUCGUUCAUGCAAUCCUCAAGAAUUCCCAGUGUUGGUGUGUGGACGGAGAAUCAACAUUUGUUCUGCGCAUUCGCCCUCUCACCUAUUAUCGUAUCGAACUUCCUAAUGAAACGGAAGAGGAUAGGAAGUCUGUGGCGGCAAUGAAAGAGGCCUUGCCGCAGGUCCUCCGCUAUGAAGUCACUCCCUGUCCGUUCAAAAGGGGGUUUACAGUCGAGAUACCGGAGGAGGCCAGGGUUCGGCGGCGCAAAAGAGCAUGGCGUCCGAAAGGACGAAGGGACAGCGCUCCUAUCCUGCCAGCCUGCAUACUUGAUAAGAGUCCGGCCCGCGAAGAAGCUUUGACUGAUUUUCUGAGCGCUGGCGAAGAUACCGAUGGCAAUCUGACGGACGAUAGCUGCUUCACAACGAAAGGUAGCACUGUCCUCGAAACUAUUCCUGACGAUAAUGAACCUUCACUGCCGAACAAUACUCCCGAAAUCACAGAUUUACCACGACGCUCCGUGUCCGAAACUCAACGGAGCUUCCAGACCUUGCUGGCAAGGUUUGAAGACACGCCUGAACUACCCGUGGAACCUGAAAUGUCAUUAUCUUCUAGUAUUGACUCAUUCCACUCCGUCGCUCCCUUAUCGUCGUCGCCAACUGAAUCAAAUUCGGGCUCCAUUUUCCCAUCGACCACGUCAACUGAAGGCUCCGAUCUCAGUCUGCGUGAAGGCAGUAACAACCAGAGUGACUUGGAGAAUCCAAAAUUCGAGAAGGUUGAUUUCUCUGCAGGGCGCACUAUACCAGAAGUGAAGUGCGAAGAUUGCUGUUCACCUAGGCCCCCGGCUUCCCCCAGGGCUUCCUUCUCAGAGGAAGAAUUUCGACGAGUGCCUGGUGCACUGCCGGAUGACCAGAUGUCCAUUGCAAGCUAUGCUGGUACAUCGAAGACCACGGACUCCAACCCCAACCUCAGCAGCAUGAGCAUAGAAUUCCGUCGUCGAUCCAAGGCGUCUCGGGAGCGAGAACUUUCCCCUAUGCCACCUCAGUCCUCUUUAGCCCUUACCGGCCCCUCGGACAAGGAAAACGCGGCCUCCCUGAUUCAGAAGACAUGCACGGUGGUCCUUAUCCCUCCGAUCCAAUUGUUUAUUGUCCUCAUCCACAUAGCGGCUCGAAUUGUACUAGGCCCAGCUUUGACAUCGGCUGUGGGGGAGUUGAAACCCAAGUAUGAGUAUCAAAUGACGGACCCUCAGGAGGCUGUGGACGACUUUGAUCUUCCACUUGCACCUGACUGUGCCAGGAAACAGUCGGUAUCCGAAGCCAACUCUUGGGAGUUGGAUUAA